GCAGGGGGCGGGGCCAGGACUCGAGCCGCGGAGUCUCCGGAGUGGCGGCGGCGGGGACUCGGUUGUGUGCGCGGCGAUGGCUUCCGGCGGCUGGCGCUGGGCUCGGAAGGCACUGGCUGCGGGGCGGCCGCUGUUCCAGGGCCGCGCGCUGCUCCUCGAGCAGCUUGGACACAAAGCUGCAGUCAGUCGACCUGGACUGAGCGACACCAACUUCACAUUUCCCCUGACCGGCCUUGCUUCUCUGCCCGGGUCACUCCCACAGCCAGCUCUGCCGCUUCCGCUGCCUAGCAGCCAGCUCAGCCUUCACAUUCACCGCUUGAUCUUCUUCCCAGGCCUUGGCAGCCUGGAGGGCCAGACACUGGAGGAGAGCUGCCAGGAGCUGCGGGUCAAAUUCUGGGACUUCUACAAGGCAGAUUGGUGCGUCUGGCCAGCUGCUCAGCUCGUGAACUUCCUCUUCAUCCCGCCGCAUUUCCGAGUCACCUACAUCAACGGGCUGACACUGGGCUGGGACACGUAUCUGUCCUACCUGAAGUAUUGGGCCCCGGAACCCCUUCCGACUCCUGACUGUGCCGACUCCUGACUGUGCCGACUCCUGACUGUGCCGACUGAGCAGGAAGCACCAAGGAGAAAUAGGCCGAUGGACACACUCCCAUAGGAGGUUCUGGGGGUCAGAGCCUGAGCCACGUCCACACUCCAGGCUGAGCCUGCAACAGCUAUUCCACGUGGACCAACCUCCGGCACCAGCUGUCAGUCGCCAGGUUUUCCAGUUGGGCCCAGAAGUUCUCAGUCAACCUGCAAUUGCAACCCUGGCUCAACUUUGGCCCAAGUGAUCCCCAAGGUUCCCUGGACCCCAGGUGACAAAAGGGAGGACGAGCCCCCACGGCCUUGGAAUAGGAUCUGGUUUGGCCUUAGAAAACUUCAUGUGAGGUUGGGCAGCCUUGUGAAAAUUUCAUUAAAUUCUCUUUACUCACAA